AUGGUUACCGGCUCCUCAAGCUACUAUCCCCAUCAUUCCCACCCUAACCAAAUGAUUUCCCAGCAGAAUUUUGCCGGAAAUCCCUGGGCUCAGAGCUCAAAUGCUUCCACGGGACAGGCGAGUGGAUUCAAUUCCCAGCACUAUCCACACAACCCAGGGCUUUAUCAAAACCCGCCCGUGGAAGUACAUGGUAAUCAGGACUCUGCAAACAAAGUUAAUAUGCAUCCACCUCAGCCCGAAUGGAGAGUAGAGCCACAGCAAUCUCAACCCGUUUCCCAAAGCCUCGCAUCCGGAAACUCAUCACAACCGUAUUUCCCUUCAAACCCUGCAUCACAGGUUUCCGACUGGCCCCGCAGGGAUAGCCAGUCUGCCUCUUCUCAACCUUUUAAUCACUCACUCCCGGGUAGUGAUUACAGCACAAGCGAUGCCAGGCAACAGAAACAUCUAGGUUCCUUUGUGACGCAUUUUCCGACGCCAGUCAAUAACGCACAAUCUACUGCAAGCUACCAAAUGGCACGAUCUAACUCCCAUCAAGCGGCCUUCCCCCAUCAUGGGCCUGGAAAUGUUGCAGGUCUUCCAUCUCACGAAUACUCCCAGCACCCACAUCCUCCCAACCAAUAUAGCAACAGUAUGACACGGAGUCAGUCUGGGACUAAUUUCGACUCUAUGGUAUAUGCACCUGGUCCAGAACACCAGAAUAAUGCUCAAUUCUACCAGAACCCCUUUGUGCAGGCUGGGAUGCACCAAUACCAGUCCCAUCCACAACCUAGCCAGCCUGUUAGCAACAUGUUACCUCAUGGGGUUUACCAGAAUGCUCACUCGACGAGCCAACAAGAACAGUGGACCAGUACAAACCCUCGUUUGUCGCGAGUAUCAGGGUCAGACCCGCAGUUUAUCAGUGGCCCUUGGGGCUCAACACCACCAACUUGA